UGGGAGCAGCUCGAGAGACUCCUCCAAGAUGCUGGUCAUCCUGCUCACAGCUGCCUUGUUGGCCCUGAACUCGGUUCAGAGUUCAAAUGAAGAGAUCAUCUAUGAAGACUCUUCUUCUCAGGUCUUAGAGGAAGAGCAGCAAGGCCAAGGCCCUGAACAACAGAGACCCCCACCUGGAGAAUCCCCCCCAAAACCUUCUGCAUCUGAAGAAGAAGGUGAUGAUGAUGGUGAAGAAGAUGGAAAUGCACCAGAGGGACCACCACAGCAAGGAGAUGACCACCAGAAACCUCGUCCUCCUAAACCUGGAAACCAUCAUGGCCCACCCCCACAUGGAGGCCCUCAGCAGAACCAAGGCCCUCAUCCUGGAAACCAGCAAGGCCCACCCCCACAGGGAGGCCCACAACAGCACCAAGGCCCUCAGCCUGGAAACCAGCAAGGCCCACCCCCACAAAGAGGCCCACAGCAGAAACGCCCUCCUAGGCCUGGAAACCAUCAAGGCCCACCCCCACAGGGAGGCCCACAACAGCACCAAGGCCCUCGGCCUGGAAACCAGCAAGGCCCACCCCCACAAGGAGGCCCACAGCAGAAACGCCCUCCUAGGCCUGGAAACCAUCAAGGCCCACCCCCACAAGGAGGCCCACAACAGAACCAAGGCCCUCAGCCUGGAAACCAGCAAGGCCCACCCCCACAGGGAGGCCCACAACAGAACCAAGGCCCUCAGCCUGGAAACCAGCAAGGCCCACCCCCACAGGGAGGCCCACAACAGAACCAAGGCCCUCAGCCUGGAAACCAGCCAAGCCCACCCCAGGAAGGAAGUGAGGAAGAGCCAAGUUCCCAGUAAACGUUUUAUGCAUAACCAAGAGGUUCCUCAGCAGUAAAAAGGUGAAGUAGAAGACAAAUACCUUUAAUGUUAUUUCAAUGGAACAAUGAUGUUGUAAGUGUACCUUCAACAUUCUAAUAAAACAUUUAGCAUGCA